AGCAAGCCGGGAGGGCCGUGGUGUACUUUGCCUGCCUCAUGUACAUGUUCCUGGGGGUGUCCAUCAUCGCCGAUCGCUUCAUGGCCGCCAUCGAGGUCAUCACCUCUCAGGAGAAGGAGGUGACCAUCACCAAACCGAACGGGGAGACGUCGGUGACCACGGUGAGGAUCUGGAACGAGACCGUGUCCAACCUCACCCUCAUGGCCCUGGGCUCCUCUGCACCCGAGAUCUUGCUGUCCGUCAUCGAGGUGUGUGGGCACAACUUUGACGCCGGGGAGCUCGGUCCGGGCACCAUCGUGGGCAGCGCCGCCUUCAACAUGUUUGUGAUCAUCGGCAUCUGCGUGUGGGUCAUCCCCGACGGAGAGUCCCGGAAGAUCAAGCACCUCCGCGUCUUCUUCAUCACCGCCUUCUGGAGCAUCUUCGCCUACAUUUGGCUCUACCUCAUCCUGGCCGUCAUCUCCCCCGGAGUGGUAGAGGUGUGGGAGGCUCUGAUCACCCUCCUCUACUUCCCCGUGUGCGUCAUCUUGGCGUGGAUCGCCGACCGGCGACUACUCUUCUACAAGUACAUGCACAAGCGUUACCGCGCCGACAAGAGACACGGCAUCAUCGUGGAGACGGAGGGCGACCUGGCUCCCAAGGGGCUGGACGUGAUCAUGGAGGGCAAGUUCUCCGACAGCGGCUCGAGUCCCGUCAACUCCUCGAGCGUGACGGUGUCCGUGCAGACGGGGAGGGAGCUGGAGCAGAACCGAGAAGAGGUGGUGCGCCUGCUGAAGGACCUGAAGCAGAAGCAUCCGGACAAAGACCUGGAGCAGCUGAUCGAGAUGGCCAACUACACGGCCCUGGUGCACCAGAGGAAGAGCCGAGCCUUCUACCGCAUCCAGGCCACGCGCAUGAUGAUCGGCGCCGGCAACGUCCUCAAGAAGCACGCCGCCCGCCGCGCCGCCGCCGCCGCCGAGGGGGGGCCCCAGGAGGUCGACGACCGGGCCACGUGUGCCCACGUGUCGUUUGAGCGUGCUCAGUACCAGUGCACGGAGAACUGCGUGACGCUGAGCUUGGGAGUGGUCUGCGAGGGGGGGACCGGGCAGAACACGUUCUGCGUGGAUUACCGUACGGAGAACGGUUCCGCCAACGCCGGGGCCGACUUUGAGUUCAACGAGGGAACGCUGGUGUUCAAGCCCGGGGAGAGCCGCAAAGAAAUCAAGGUGGGCAUUUUGGAUGACGACGUCUUCGAAGAGGACGAGCACUUCUUUGUGCGUCUGCAGAACCUCCGGCUGGACGAGGGCGGCAGCGAGGUCGGGGUUGGAACGCCCCCGCGGGGCCGCUUGGUGGAGCCGCUGCUCGCCACGGUGACCAUCCUGGACGACGACCACGCGGGCAUCUUCACGUUCAGCCAGCGCGUUCUGCGCGUGAGCGAGAGCUCGGGCGUCGUCGUGGUGACGGUGGCGAGGAACUCUGGCUCGCGGGGCACCGUGGUGGUGCCGUACCACACCGAGGACGGCAGUGCCCGUGCCGCCGUUGACUACGAGGAGACCAAGGGAGAGCUGGAGUUCACCAACGAACAGACGAGUCAGACCCUCCAGGUGCGCAUUGUGAAUGUGGAGGAGUACGAGAAGCAGGAGCAUUUCUUCGUCGUUCUAGAAGAUCCCAAGUGGCUAAAGAGAGGAAUCUCAGCCCUACUGCUCAACCAGGGCAAACCCAGUCCAGAGGAGGAAGAGGCUAGGAAGAUCUCUGAGAUGGGCAAGCCCAUCCUGGGGGAACACAGCAGACUGGAGGUUAUCAUCGAGGAGUCCUAUGAGUUCAAGAACACAGUGGACAAGCUCCUGAGAGACACCAACCUGGCCUUGGUGGUUGGCACUCAUUCCUGGAGAGAGCAGUUCAUCGACGCCGUCACCGUCAGUGCAGGUGAUGGGGAUGAGGAGGGCCAAGAACAACGAACGCCCAACUGCUUUGACUACUUUAUUCACAUUGUGACAGUAUUCUGGAAGAUUCUUUUCGCCUGUGUUCCACCGACGGAGUAUUGGAACGGCUGGGCCUGCUUCAUAGUGUCCAUUUCCGCCAUUGGACUUCUGACAGCCGUCAUUGGGGACCUGGCCUCCCACUUUGGCUGCACUGUGGGACUGAGGGACACUGUCACAGCUGUGGUGUUUGUGGCUUUGGGCACCUCCAUCCCUGACACCUUUGCUAGUAAAGUUGCUGCCACUCAGGACCAGUACGCCGACGCGUCGGUGGGGAACGUGACAGGAAGCAACGCCGUUAACGUGUUUCUGGGAAUCGGAGUCGCCUGGUCCGUGGCGGCCAUAUACUGGGAGGUCAAAGGGGAAGUCUUCCGUGUGGAUCCCGGAUCUCUCGCUUUCUCCGUCACGCUGUUCACCAUCUUUGCCUUUAUCAGCAUGGGGGUGCUCAUGUUGCGACGGAGGCCAUCGGUAGGGGGCGAGCUGGGAGGACCGCGGAUCACCAAGGUGCUGACCACCAUGUUUUUUUUCAGCCUCUGGUUUCUCUAUAUCCUCUUUGCCAGUCUGGAGGCCUACUGCCAUGUAAAGGGCUUCUGAGAGACGAUUGUUGGACGAGGAUUUAUCGUGAAACACACGUGCACACGCAAGCAUGAACAGGCAUACAUUAUACUAGCAUGAUACAUAUCCCUCACUGAAGAAACCUCUUAAACACACAAGCACGCAAAUGUUCGCACACCAUCGACAACAUGUUACGAAAGAUAUCAUGUACUCAGCCGAGAGGUAAUACUUUUUCCUCUGUUGAUGAACGAGGAGACGAGAGGAACAAAAACAUGGGAACGGUUCAAAGAAAUGACAGAACAGCUCACCGAGACGACCAUGUGAACACCGAUCACGUGAACACAGUUCUCAGUAUCUGGGGUCUAAGUCUGCCCUGAAGAGGGCUUGGAUCACUUAGCUCAAGGUUAAGUAUUCUACAAGAUGUAAGUCACUGACUUAGAAUUUAGAUGGUACAUGACGACCUGGGAAUUUGAAAAUGUGUCUCCAUAUUUAAAAAGACCUCGCCUAAGGCUGGUUUGCUGGGGGUCGAAGUAUAAAUACUUUCGCACGAUGAUGGGACUGUUGCGUUCACCCAGAUGAACAUUGUGAACUACAGCCUCCUCUUUCACAAGGGCCCCUCCACAGCUUUUGUAUAAUAGUUUUUCCUUUGAAAUAAUUGUAUAUUUACAAUGUAAUGUGACAAGAGGCAUAGGUACUAUAAGCCUCACAUGUUAAACUUGAGCUCAAUACUGACACUUGUAACAUCAUUCCCAAAACCACUAUACAUGAUGAUGCAUGCAAAAUACUAAUGCAAUUCUUGAGAA